AUGGCGACUUGUCUCUCAGCUUCGCAGUCCGUCACCUUCCAUUGGGCGCCUCUGCACCCCACCACCGCAACCUGGAACACACGCGCAGCGCUCGAGCCGCUUGCGCAGUACAAGCCUGUCUGCGGAUCGUUCUCCUCGCCCAUCUCGUUCGCACCCACACCCGCACCCACACCAAAGCCCAAGCUCCGGCUGUCCGGACCCGACCUACCCCCGCACGCAACGCCAACGAUCCGCUUCGACCCAUUCGCGGACGACGGGGACGAGCUGUCCCUGGUGGGAUCCGUGUCCCCACGGACCCCGCUGAAGACUCGCUCGUGCGCUACAACACCGUCAUCGAGAGUCGUCCGCAGCUCGUCUGCGGCAGAGGCCACCGCCUCAGGCUGGUCGCAGAACACACGGCCACGCGAGCGCGGCCGCUCCCCCUGCCCACUCAUCCUCUCCACGGCCCCAGCGGCCCAGCGGCGCCGCUCCCCGUGCUUCACACCGCCCUGCCGCUCUCCGUUCUCCUCCCCGGCCUCCCUGACGUGGGCCUUCUCCUCGACCGGCUCCGGCGCCGGCUCGCCCGCCCCGUCCCUCGCUCGUCCACCCCCUCCAUCAUACACCCUCCCCUCCCCUCCCCGCCCAUCCGCGCUAUCGAGCGCCGCCGCCGCCGUACCCCGCCGGCCGCACACUCCCCCUGCGCCAUCGCCGUCGCGGCCCGCUGCGCCCAGCCCCUAUCUGGCGCGCACGUAUCCAACGUCGGAGGACCGCGUGCGUCUCCUCGCGCGCACGCUGCUGACAAGGAUCAACGCCGUUGGCCGGCCGCGCUCGGUGUAUGCGGCGCUGAGUGCGGGCUCCGAGGGCGAGUGCGGCAAGGCGUACACCCCGAGCCGGCUUAGCGAGUGUGUCAUUGCGUGA